UAGCUCCUCCUUCAGACUACUCCAGCAGCCUGAGUGUGUGAGGUUGUGUCACACAUCGAGCUGUCACCAUGCACAGAGUGCGGGUCGUGCUGGGACAUCUCCCGGGGGCACCCAGAGGGGUACAGGCUGAGCUCACCUCUGCUGCUGGGGACCGAUCUCAGGACAUUGUCAUCAUCCAUGGCAGGAGGACUCCCAUCUGUAGAGCCAAGAGAGGCGGCUUCAAGGAUACUACACCAGAUGAACUUCUGACCAGUGUUAUGACUGCAGUUUUGAAGGACGUCAACCUGAAGCCUGAGUUAGUCGGAGAUAUUUGCGUUGGAAAUGUACUGCAGCCUGGUGCCGGACCUGUGGUUGCUAGAGCUGCCCAGUUUUAUAGUGGAAUCCCAGAGACUGUCCCUAUAUCUUGUGUGAAUCGACAGUGCUCCUCUGGCCUUCAGGCCAUCAUCAACAUAGCAGGUGGUAUCAGAAAUGGUUCGUAUGACAUUGGACUGGCAUGUGGGGUGGAGUCUAUGACUCUCAGGAGCGCUGGAAAUAUUGGAGACGUCAGCUCUCGUAUUGUGGAUGAUGUCAAAGCUAGAGACUGUCUCAUCCCUAUGGGGAUUACAUCAGAGAAUGUGGCUGAAAAGUUUGGGGUCAGCAGACAGAAACAAGAUAUGUUUUCCCUGGCAUCUCAACAAAAGGCUGCAGCUGCACAAAGGGCAGGCCGCUUCAAGGCUGAAAUAGUUCCUGUAACCACCACAAUCACUGAUGAUCAAGGGAAUACAAAGACCAUCACAGUAAGUGAGGAUGAUGGCAUCCGGCCAAGCACCACCCUGGAGGGGCUGGCAAAACUUAAACCAGCCUUUAAAGAAGAUGGAAGCACUACUGCUGGCAAUGCCAGUCAAGUAAGUGAUGGAGCUGCAGCAGUUUUGCUAGCUAGACGAUCAACAGCCACGCGUCUGGGGCUUCCCAUCAUGGGGGUGCUAAGGUCCUUUGCUGUAGUGGGGGUCCCUCCUGAUGUUAUGGGGAUAGGACCAGCCUAUGCUAUACCUGUGGCUUUAGAGAAAGCAGGUCUCACAAUUGAUGAUAUUGACGUGUAUGAAAUUAAUGAAGCAUUUGCCAGUCAGGCGGUGUACUGCGUGGAGAAGCUGGGCAUUCCCCUGGAGAAAGUUAACCCUAAUGGAGGAGCCAUAGCCCUUGGGCAUCCUCUGGGCUGCACUGGAGCUCGACAGACAGUCACUUUACUGAAUGAGCUAAAGAGAACGGGGAAAAGGGGCCUAGGUGUUGUGUCAAUGUGUAUAGGUACUGGAAUGGGAGCAGCUGCUGUGUUUGAAUAUCCUGGAAUUUAAAUAGUUACCACCUGACUCUAUGCUGGAAACACAAAACGAUGGUUAAAUUGUCUUUUUUUUUUUCUGUGCAACCUGCUUUUCUGUGAUUUUUUUUUUUUUUUUUUUUUUUUUCUAAUACUAAUAAUUUCAGUGCUAAGAUAAGCUAGCCACCAAGAACCCCAUAUACAUGGAGCUGGUAUGUUUUCCUUUUGCAUACCUGGUGUUCAAUAUUCUUCAAUAAGAAGAUAUAAUAAUGUUGUUAUGUUACCUGGCAACCAACCAACAAGUAGCACAAAUGGUGUGAAUAUGUCUUUGGUAGAAAGUAUUAGAUUGUAAGUUGCCUUGGGUAAAAGUGUUACUGAAAAUUCCAUUGUAAAUGUAUCCACUAAAAAUGUGUGUUCAUAGAAUAUUUUCAUAUUUGGUCCAUCAGGUGGCGCAGCGCUUAUUUCUAUGGGCACUAAAUGCUGCACUCUGUAGAAAAGCAUGUUGAUCAUUACCUAACUUUAUAUGCUUUCUCUAGAAUCAAGUUAAUUUUGAAAUAUGUAAUCCAAUAUUGUGGAUCCCUUAACACCUUAAACACUGAUAUCUAUAUAUUAUGCUUACAUGAUGCAGCUUUCAUUACUUUCAAUGAAAUUACGUUGUAAUUCUAUACUGGUUGCAAAAUAACCACUCAUUUUAUCAAUGUACAUGUUACUUAAUUUAUAAAUGUAUUUGUAAUAAAAAAGCUUUUGUUCUCUGUUGCAUAUUAACAGAAAAAUAAUUAAUUUAAAGAUCUGGGACCUUUUUUAACAUAUGUACAUGGUUUUUGCAAAAUAAGAAAAUUGUAUUUCUUAAUGUAAAUGCAUUUUUAGGUAAUGUCUGUAAAGGGGAUGUACAAAUAUAACAUGCAAGAUUAAACCUAUUUCUGCUUUAUAACCAAUGAAAAUGUAACUCUUCUAAUGAACGCUCUAUUAAUAAUAAACAAGUUUACAACAAAGGAUAAGAAA